UGCGCGCGCGCCGAAGUAGAAGAGAGGAGCGCGCGCGGCCUGCACGCGACGCGGCCACCACCCGGCGCGCCCUCUAGACAAAACCCUGCAUUACUAUAAGGUCGGACAUGAAAAAUCUCGCUUAUUUGCUGGCUGUCCCUAUCAGCGAGUACGUGGUGACGUUCAUCUCUUUAGUAGCCGCGGCCACACUGCUCUCGAGGACGACAGAAGGGCGCUCCGCCCGUAGGUGGUCGGCGGGAGAACGCGGGCGCAGGGCGUACUGCCGCACGCGCUUUCCCUACCACACACACCCGCCCAUUCACUGUUAGCAGUAGGCAGUUUACUCGGGGGGAGUUCGAUAGACAAUGUCCGAGGAUUUGGACUCGAUCAGCGAGGAAGAACAAAGUUUGUUCCGACCCUUCACCCGAGAGUCAUUGGCCAUUAUCGAGGCCCGCAUAGCUGAAGAGCAUGCCAAGCAAAAGGAACUCGAGAAAAAACGAGCGGAAGGCGAGGUGCGGUACGACGAUGAGGAUGAAGACGAGGGUCCCCAACCAGACGCGACCCUGGAACAGGGCCUACCGCUGCCGGUGCGGAUGCAGGGCUCAUUUCCCCUCGAACUUGCGUCCACACCUCUCGAGGACAUCGAUCCUUUUUACCACAACCAAACCACAUUCGUAGUCAUAAGCAAGGGUAAAGAUAUCUUCAGAUUUUCGGCGUCUAAUGCCUUGUGGAUACUGGAUCCGUUCAAUCCCAUAAGAAGAGUGGCCAUAUACAUAUUAGUGCAUCCUUUGUUCUCACUUUUUAUUAUUACUACAAUCCUUGUGAACUGUAUACUUAUGAUAAUGCCUACCACACCAACUGUCGAGAGUACUGAAGUUAUCUUUACCGGCAUCUACACCUUUGAAUCGGCGGUGAAAGUAAUGGCCAGGGGUUUCAUACUACAGCCAUUCACAUACCUUAGAGAUGCAUGGAAUUGGCUUGACUUCGUAGUUAUAGCUUUAGCUUAUGUGACGAUGGGCAUAGAUCUCGGCAACUUGGCCGCUCUCAGAACCUUCAGAGUUCUCCGAGCUUUGAAGACUGUGGCCAUCGUACCGGGCCUGAAGACUAUCGUGGGUGCGGUGAUAGAGUCAGUGAAAAAUCUUCGAGAUGUGAUAAUAUUGACAAUGUUUUCAUUAUCCGUGUUCGCACUUAUGGGUCUACAAAUCUAUAUGGGUGUGUUAACACAGAAGUGUAUAAAAGUAUUUCCGGAAGAUGGUAGUUGGGGUAAUCUAACUGACGAGAAUUGGGAGAGAUUUUGUCAAAAUGAAACGAAUUGGUAUGGUGAAGAUGGAGAUUAUCCGCUUUGUGGAAAUUCUUCCGGAGCUGGACAAUGUGAACCAGGCUAUGUAUGUUUGCAAGGCUAUGGACCAAACCCAAACUACGGAUAUACGAGUUUUGACACAUUUGGCUGGGCUUUUCUUUCAGCUUUUCGACUCAUGACACAGGAUUACUGGGAAAAUUUAUAUCAACUGGUGCUGAGGUCAGCAGGUUCAUGGCACGUCUUGUUCUUUGUAGUUAUAAUUUUUUUGGGCUCGUUCUAUCUCGUCAACUUGAUUUUGGCCAUCGUCGCCAUGUCAUAUGAUGAGUUGCAAAAGAAGGCAGAGGAAGAAGAACAAGCCGAAGAAGAAGCGCUUAGGGAAGCGGAACAAAAAGCAGCUGCUCGAGCUGAUAAGCAAGAAGCGAGAGAGGCUCAUGCUCGCGAGCAAGCGGCCGCGGCAGAGGCGGCAGCGUACGCCGAGGCGCACCCCGCCAAGUCCCCCAGCGACUCCUCCUGUCAGAGCUACGAGUUGUUCGUGAAUCAGGAGCGCGGCAACCAGGACGACAAUACGCGAGAGCGCAUGUCCCUCCGUAGCGACCCCUUCCAGGACUCGGUGAGCACUCAGCCAACGCACAAGCCCACCGCCAACGAAUCGCACCACGAACCGGCACGCCGACAGAGGAAGGUCAGCAUGGCUUCAUUGUCACUGCCCGGAUCACCGUUCAAUUUACGUCGCGGAUCUCGUGGGUCCCAUCAAAUGGCUCUCAGGCCGAAUGGAAGGAAUCGAUAUCCUCCUGGUGCUGACCGCAAACCACUUGUACUUUCAACGUAUUUGGAUGCUCAAGAACAUCUACCGUACGCUGAUGAUUCUAAUGCUGUAACACCGAUGUCUGAAGAAAACGGAGCUAUUAUUAUACCUGUCUACUACGCAAAUUUAGGUUCGAGACAUUCUUCUUACACGUCACAUCAAUCUCGGUUGUCGUACACUUCGCACGGAGACCUGUUAGGUGGAAAAGCGCAAACGAAAGAAGCGAGGCUAAGAGGACGAUCUGCCUCGAGGAACCACAGCGUUACAUCACAGCCUCAUGCUUACCCACUGCCUAGACAAGACUCGUCACUUGCGUCUAGACCGCUUAGAGAAUAUGAAAUAAGCACUACAGAAUGCACAGACGAGGCUGGUAAAGUCUUAAAACAAUCUAACGACAAUCCUUUUAUCGAAUCAACGCAGCAGCCCAACGUAGUAGAUAUGAGAGAUGUAAUGGUACUAAAUGAAAUUAUCGAACAAGCAGGCAGACAAAGUAGAGCCAGCGAACAAAACGUGUCAGUAUACUACUUCCCAACAGCAGAAGACGAUGAGGAUGGACCCACCUUCAAAGAAAGACUCCUCGAGUGCUUAAUGAAAGGAAUAGACUUCUUCUGUGUAUGGGAUUGCUGUUGGUUGUGGUUGGAGUUCCAAAAAUAUGUGGCUCUACUAGUGUUCGACCCUUUCGUAGAACUGUUUAUCACGUUAUGUAUCGUGGUCAACACUUUGUUUAUGGCUUUGGAUCAUCAUGAUAUGGACAGAGAUAUGGAAAAAGCUCUAAAAAGUGGCAAUUAUUUUUUCACAGCAACCUUUGGUAUAGAAGCCAUGUUAAAGUUAAUAGCUAUGAGUCCUAAAUAUUAUUUUCAAGAGGGUUGGAACGUUUUUGACUUCAUUAUUGUGGCCUUAUCAUUGUUGGAAUUGGGUUUGGAAGGUGUACAGGGUUUGUCAGUGUUACGUUCAUUUCGUUUGCUUCGAGUAUUCAAAUUGGCAAAGUCAUGGCCGACACUUAAUUUACUCAUCUCUAUAAUGGGUAGGACGAUGGGUGCCUUGGGCAACCUGACCUUCGUAUUGUGCAUCAUUAUUUUCAUAUUUGCCGUGAUGGGUAUGCAACUAUUCGGGAAAAAUUAUGUUGACUACGUAGACCGUUUUCCGGACGGAGACCUUCCCCGAUGGAACUUCACAGACUUCAUGCACAGCUUCAUGAUUGUCUUUCGAGUACUCUGUGGAGAAUGGAUAGAAAGCAUGUGGGACUGUAUGCUCGUUGGCGACGUAUCCUGCAUACCAUUUUUCUUAGCCACGGUUGUCAUUGGUAAUCUUGUGGUUCUCAACCUCUUCUUGGCCCUAUUGCUCUCAAAUUUCGGUUCUUCAAACUUAUCAUCACCGACUGCUGAUCAAGAUACUAACAAAAUUGCUGAAGCUUUCAACAGAAUUUCAAGGUUCAUAGACUGGGUUAAAAGAAACGCAGCGGAAAUACUGAAAUUGGUGAAAAAUAAACUUACAAAUCAAAUAGCCAUACACGCUCCCGAACGGGUGGACAACGAGCUCGAAUUAGGUGCCGACCUCGAUGAUGGAGGUCUAUACAAAGAUAAAAAAUUAAAAGACCAAGUAGAAGUAGCAAUCGGCGAUGGCAUGGAGUUCACGAUACCGGGUGACAAUAAAUACAAGAAAGGUAAAAUACUAAUGAACAAUAUAAAUGCAAUAACGGACAAUCAUACAGACAAUAGAAUUAAUUGUGAAUUGAAUCAUCAUGGAUAUCCCAUUCAGGACGAUGACACGAUAAGUCAAAAAUCGUAUGGAAGUCACAAAAUUAGAUCUUUUAAAGAUGAAAGUCAUAAAGGUUCAGCAGACACCAUAGAUGGUGAAGAAAAGAAAGACGCCAGUAAAGAAGAAUUAGGAUUGGAGGAAGAAAUGAUACCAGAAGAAGAUGCUGGACCAAUGGAUCUACCUAAAGUUGAUAUAAAAGCAGCAGAGGGUGACAUGAUUGAUGACACUCCAGCAGACUGUUGUCCAGACCCGUGUUAUCAACGCUUUCCGUUUUUGGCUGGAGAUGAUGAGUCGCCUUUCUGGCAAGGAUGGGCCAUGUUGAGACUGAAAACAUUUCGACUUAUUGAAAACACAUACUUCGAAACGGCUGUGAUAACUAUGAUUUUACUCAGUAGUUUGGCUUUGGCUCUAGAAGAUGUCCAUUUACCGCAUCGACCGAUUCUUCAAGAUAUCCUUUACUAUAUGGACCGAAUCUUUACCGUUAUAUUUUUCAUUGAGAUGUUGAUUAAGUGGCUUGCUCUUGGAUUCCAAAAAUACUUCACCAAUGCCUGGUGUUGGCUUGAUUUCAUCAUUGUCAUGGUCUCGCUUAUAAACUUCGUAGCGGCACUUUGUGGAGCCGGUGGCAUUCAGGCGUUCAAAACGAUGAGAACGCUUCGCGCCCUCCGACCGCUCAGAGCUAUGAGCCGCAUGCAGGGCAUGAGGGUGGUUGUGAACGCUCUGGUGCAAGCUAUACCAUCCAUCUUCAACGUGCUGCUCGUGUGUCUGAUAUUCUGGCUUAUAUUUGCUAUUAUGGGUGUACAACUCUUCGCUGGAAAAUAUUUCAAGUGCGUCGAUAUGAACCACACAACACUGAGUCAUGAAAUUAUACCUGAUAAAAACGCUUGUAUCUUAGAAAACUACACUUGGGAAAACUCUCCAAUGAAUUUUGAUCACGUUGGGAAGGCUUACUUGUGCCUAUUCCAAGUUGCUACUUUCAAAGGUUGGAUUCAAAUCAUGAACGACGCUAUCGAUUCACGAGAGGUUGGUCGUCAACCGAUUCGAGAAACUAACAUAUACAUGUACUUGUAUUUCGUAUUCUUCAUUAUAUUCGGCUCAUUUUUCACACUCAACCUAUUCAUUGGUGUGAUUAUUGACAAUUUUAAUGAACAAAAGAAGAAAGCAGGAGGUAGCCUAGAAAUGUUUAUGACUGAAGAUCAGAAAAAGUAUUACAAUGCAAUGAAGAAAAUGGGCUCGAAAAAACCGCUUAAAGCGAUUCCUAGACCAAGGUGGCGACCGCAGGCAAUUGUGUUCGAAAUAGUUACGGAUAAAAAGUUUGAUAUGAUAAUCAUGCUGUUUAUUGGUCUUAAUAUGUUAACAAUGACUCUUGAUCAUUACCAACAAUCAGAAACCUUUAGUCAAGUAUUGGACUAUCUCAAUAUGAUAUUUAUCGUAAUAUUUAGUUCAGAGUGCCUACUCAAAAUCUUUGCCUUACGAUAUCAUUACUUUGUAGAACCAUGGAAUCUAUUUGACUUCGUCGUUGUCAUGUUUUCUAUUCUUAGUUUGGUUUUGAGUGACAUUAUAGAAAAAUACUUUGUUUCACCGACUUUACUAAGAGUCGUCAGAGUAGCAAAAGUCGGUAGAGUACUGCGUCUCGUAAAAGGUGCAAAGGGCAUAAGAACACUACUAUUUGCAUUGGCUAUGUCACUGCCAGCUCUGUUCAAUAUUUGCCUACUGCUGUUUCUCGUGAUGUUUAUCUUCGCAAUAUUUGGAAUGUCAUUUUUCAUGCAUGUUAAAGACAAAGGAGGUCUAGAUGACGUGUACAACUUUAAAACAUUCGUGCAGAGUAUGAUUCUGCUAUUUCAGAUGUCAACAUCAGCGGGUUGGGAUGGUGUGUUAGACGGUAUUAUAAAUGAGGAAGAGUGUGAUCUACCGGAUAACGAACGUGGAUCACCUGGCAAUUGUGGUUCAGCUACCAUCGGUAUUACGUACCUACUCUCCUACCUUGUGAUCUCUUUUCUCAUCGUCAUCAACAUGUACAUCGCUGUGAUUCUCGAAAAUUACUCUCAGGCUACCGAAGACGUGCAGGAAGGCCUAACCGACGACGACUACGAUAUGUACUACGAAAUAUGGCAGCGUUUCGAUCCUGAAGGAACGCAAUACAUUAGAUACGAUCAACUAUCAGAUUUCUUAGACGUCCUCGAACCGCCAUUACAAAUCCACAAACCGAACAAAUACAAAAUUAUAUCCAUGGAUAUACCUAUAUGUCGCGGAGAUAUGAUGUUCUGCGUCGACAUCUUAGACGCGCUCACGAAGGACUUCUUCGCGAGAAAGGGUAAUCCGAUCGAGGAGCCCGUCGACGUGGGAAGACCCGACGAGGUGGGCUACGAGCCCGUGUCGUCGACCCUGUGGCGACAGCGUGAGGAGUACUGCGCGCGACUGAUACAGCACGCGUGGCGGCGGCACCGGCGGGCGCAGUCGCCGGGCGGCGGCUCGGGCGGCUCGGGCGCGGGCGGGGAGGAGGGCGCGCCCACGGCCGUGCUGCUGGACGCGGGCGCGGGCGGCGCGCACCGCGUGGUGCUGCAGGCGGCGGGCGCGGCGCCGCGGCCGCCCGAGCCCGCGCCGCCGCCCGCGCCCGUCUGA